UCCAACUCCAGGUAAAUUUUCAAGCCGCGAACCUUGUCCAUAGAUGACGUCAUGCAGAUGGUUGACACUGAAGAUGGUGACAUCCUUGUGCUUACGGAUCUGGUCCGAGAAGAAUCGGGUAUCAGUCAGAACUCUGGGGCAACCACAUCUUCGAGUGAUGAAAGCAAUAGUCAUGUAGUAAUAUCAAAAUCAUUCGAUGCAAAUCUUUUCCAAGGAACUCGGAUAGAAAUGCCAGAGACACUGCAGCCCGGCUAUUCUAGUCUGGGUCGACUACGGCUUUCCCCAUCACGGCCAUCGGUUGUCGACAUAGAGGCCCUAGAAGAGCUUGAAGAUCGCAUAGCACUUGGCCAAGCUAGCCCCAUUGAUAGUUCCGUGCGAUUUAGAUCCAGGCUCUCACUAAUCCCCGAGCAAGUACCUUCUACCGUGGAAGAAUGUGAAGAGCCAAGUGAAAGCAGUCAUGCUCUGUCAAUGGAAGAAAAUACAGACAGUCCACCAGCAAGAAGAAGCCGACUACAUUCAAUGUUCAGCAGUAUUCUUCGUCGAAAGUCCAAGGAUAUGUCAAGCCCACGAUCGGAGACGGAUCCACCUUAGCUCUACUAAAAAUAUAAAUCUAUAUCAUAUAACUGCCGUUUUUGGCUUAUGGGUCAUUUUUUCUUCAGAUUAGUACCAAUUUCUACUGCUCCUUUGAUAGUCAAACCAUGAAAAAAAAUCGUAAUCUCGUUGAUAGGCGUUUACACUAUUUCUUUUUAUCUGUGUCAGCAAAUAAGAGAAAAGAGCUGUGUCCUAUAAGAGCUUCCAUAUGC